UCUAUAUUCCCAUUUAGUAGCUUUAAUCUCAUCCAAUUACAAUGUCAUGAACUAGAUCACUAUAUUCCUUUGUGAGGUUGAUAUGAUCCCAACUGAACCGCAACCUCCGGAAGAGCAGGACGAGGAACAGGCGAUGACUGAACCGUAACCUCCGGAAGAGCAGGACGAGGAACAGGCGAUGAGGAGUGAAGCGGAUACGCGGGUAACGGAAGCUCGAGAAGAGGCGUCCAUCGCGAAGUCUAAACCGACGAGGAAUGUGAAAGCUCCUAGUAGAUUCGGCAACUUCGUCACCAAAUAGUUAUUUCCAUAUUUAUGUUUCUUUUAUUUUAAGGAGUAGUCGAACCUUAGUUCUUUUUAUUUUUGGAAGAUUUUCUUUUUAAUUUUUAAUUGAAUCGAGCGUAAUUAUAAGCUCCGUCGGGGUUUUAUUGUUGGUUCUUUCCCGAUGUUUAGGAUUAGGUCGAACCAAACCUAGGGUCCGUAGAUUAUAAAUAGGGCUAUUUUGUUCAUUAUCUGAUAUGAAUGAAAAAUAUCUUUUGCCCAAUAACUCGUUGAUAUCUUGUGAAAACCCUGGGAACUUGACUGCCCGACGGGAACGCUCCCCGCGCACAUUCAAUCUUGGAAGCCGCCGACCCUGAAGCAGGGCGCCGGAGAGGACAGUUGACGCCGAGACGAGUGAUCGGCGGUUGUUGAGGAGAGAAGACCUUAACAUCUGGUGCUUUCACCUUGAAUUCAAUGCGACGCAAUAAAAACUGCGGUAGGCCGGGGUGGGGGCCUUUCCGACGUGGUCAGCCGGUGUUUCGCCGUGAGGCUGGAGGAUUCAAUCACCCACCGUUCGAGGACUUAGAAUUGGAGACAAGGCAGGGAGACGACGUGCAGCAGGGUGACCCUAUUAAUGCUAAACUGGACCGGCUGUUGGAUCGUUUCGAUAAAUUGGACGUGUGGAGGGACGAGACGGAUCGUAGGUUCGAGAAUUUGGAGCCGGCCCUUACGUGCGAGAUAGAACCUCCAUCGAGGCAUGGCGAUUGGGAGGAGUAUGAGGAGAUGGAUGUUCGGGGAAAACGAACAUGGGACAGCGGGACUAAGUCUCGCCACCAGAACGCCGGUCGCCAGGAGGGUUACGGCAGGACGGCAGUGAAUGGGACUCAAUAGGGGUUUGAUUCUGGCCGCGCCAGAUUCAACGGUUUUAAUCAAUCGUUCGACCGCCCAGCUUCAUGUUGGGAUCCGCCUCAACGUUUUAAUUCACGAGACGCAUCGCUUGAUAAGACCGAAAGGGUUAAGAUGGCGGCACCACGAUUUGAUGGAUCUGACGCGACAAAUUGGGUGUCGAGGGUCCAAUAUUAUUUUAACCAUCUGAUGAUGCCAGACGCACAACGCUUACACUAUGCGGAGUUUUUGGAGGACAUCCGUCAUCGCUUUGGAUUAAUUGCAAAAUUGACGCAAACAGGUUCAGUGGUCGAGUAUCACGAUACGUUCGAGAAAUAUCUCAACCGAGUUCAGGGCAUUCCGGAAAGACAGCUAUUCACUCUGUUCGUGGCGGGAUUAAAGCCGGAUAUGCAGGAACGGUUGCGCUUGCAUCGGCCGUCGUCUCUAGCCGCGGCGAUGGCUUUGACAUUGGAACUGGCCGACUCCCACGGCGACCGCCAGCAGCAUCAGCAGAAUUCUCGUCGCCCGUGGCAAGCCCGAGAGACUCGCAUUCAGGCAGGCCCGGUUUCGAGCCAUCCGCCGACCCAGAACAUCCUUGGCCAGACUCAACAGCCGGCUCAGGGACGUGUUGCGACCCCCUCGCGACAACCGCAGGUCCGGGUGUCCCAGGCAGAGAAGGCAGAGCGCGCGAAGAUGGGUCUCUGCUACUAUUGUCCGGAUAAAUGGGUCAUUGGACACGUUUGCAAGCAGCGUUUACUUUGUUAUGCCGACGAUUCGGACGAUGUGGAUGACGGCGAUUUGGAGAAGGAUAUGACGGAGGAUUUGGCAGACAUGGAGGUAGCACACGUACACGCUAUGUAUGGAGGCCGUCGCUCACGACCUCUGAAAGUGAUAGGGUCAAUACAGGAUCGGGAAGUGUGUAUUUUAAUUGAUACGGGGAGCGAUCGAGAAUCAUAACGUAUCCUGUAAUAAAAC